GCAGAUUUAUAUACAUGGGAUUCGAUAUUGCCAUGGAACAGCAUAGCUGGUCCCAUGUUGGAUUUAUAUUUUUCUCAAUUUUGUUCAUUGGAAUUGCUAGAGCUGCAAAUGUGUUUUCUUGUGGCUACUUGGUGAAUAUGUUUAGGCCUGUGCAUCGUCAAAUACCACCGAAGCAUCAGAAAGCACUUUGGUACAGUGGACUUCGAGGGGCUAUGGCUUUUGCUCUUGCGCUGCAAUCAGUUCAUGAUCUUCCAGAAGGGCAUGGUCAGACUAUUUUCACUGCCACCACAGCAAUAGUUGUUUUGACGGUCUUGCUGAUAGGAGGAUCAACAGGUACCAUGUUAGAAGCUUUACAAGUUGUCGGUGAUAGUCAUGAUGACUCAUUGAGUGAAAGGUUUGAGGAAAACAAUGGCUAUAUAGCUCCUUCUUAUGAAGACGCAUCAUCAUCUGGGAACAGAUUCAAGAUGAAACUCAAAGAGUUUCACAAAAGCACCACGUCAUUUACAGCACUAGAUAGGAACUACCUCACUCCGUUCUUUACAACUCAAAGUGGCGAGGACGAUGAGCAUGAUGAACUUUUCCACGACUCCAGAAGAGGGAAUUUUUGAAGCCAUGUACUAUAAGGUGGAAAUGGCAUACAUGGAAAAAAUGUUCAACUGGCAAAUGAAGUUGGAGAUGGCGACCAAUUUGCCAUAAAAUGUGGACAUCUAUCUUUGUCUUUAGGAUUAUUCCUUUAUACCAUUGUAAGCACUAUGAUUCAGUAUAGAAACAGUAGGUCAAAAUAGGGUUGAACUCGCUUCACUUUCAAGCAGAACUACCUAGUUUCAGUACAUGGUGUGAACUGCUCAAUACUGGCGAAUGAGAUUUAUUGAGUUGUACAAGUUCAAUUGAAUUCUAUAUCUAUAUGGAUUAAAAUCCUAGUAAUAAUCUAUUAUAUAUCAUUCCUGAUUUUGCUUCAA